CGUGGUGCUGGACGCAGCCAUGGCGCUCCCUCCCUGGAUCACGCUGGCGUCCAGCGCGUCCCUGCUCUGCUGCUGCUUCUUCUGUGUUUGUUACAGGCGAGCAAUCUGGAGAAGGUUGUCCAUCAAGAUUAUGGCUCGUACGGAGAAGCCCUUGUUCAGAAUCGCGUACACGCUCUACACCAGGACCAGACUGGGCUACAUGUUCUACAAGAGGCAGAUGAGAAGAGCCCGGGAACAUUACCCUGCUGGACAUUCCACAUCUAUUCCUAUGGCAUUCAAUGGUAUUAAAAUAAUUCCCGUCUCAGUGCUGUCUGACAACUACAGCUAUCUUAUAGUUGACACAGAAUCCAGUGUUGCUGUUGCUAUCGACCCUGCAGACCCUCAGAGCGUCCAGGUGGUCCUGGAGAAAGAGGGAGUAACGUUAAAGGCUAUCUUGUGCACACACAAGCACUGGGACCACAGUGGGGGAAACAGUGGCCUGAAAAGGCUUCACAGCUCCUGCAGAGUUUACGGAAACGCAGCCGAUAACAUUCCUGGCCUCACACACCCUCUCUUACACAAGGACACAGUAACCGUGGGUCGGAUGCACUUUAAGGCUCUUUUCACCCCCGGACACACGGUGGGCCACAUGAUCUACCUGCUGGACGGCCGGGGGCUGGACGCCCCCCCAAGCCUCUUCUCCGGGGACCUGCUCUUCCUGUCUGGAUGUGGGAGGAUGUUUGAGGGCAGCGCCACAACGAUGCUGUCAUCUCUGGAUACGGUCGCGUCUUUAAGUGAUGACACUCUAUUAUGGCCUGGUCACGAGUAUGCGGAGGACAACCUGCUGUUUGCUGCUGAGGUGGAGCCGAGCAACACGGCCCGGGAGAGCAAGUACCAGUGGGUGCUGCAGCAGCGCAGCCACCGGCUCUGCACGAGUCCGUCCACCAUCGGAGAGGAGAAGCAGUACAACCCGUUCCUGCGGAGCCACUUUGCAGAGCUGCACGCAGCGCUGGGGGUGCAGCAGCUGCAGGACGAGGACUGGACUACGUUCAGGGCCCGAGUGCUGGACCAGCUACGCAGACACAAAGAUCUGUACAACCGGAGAUAGUUUACAUUUACAAAGCUGUUGAAGUGAAGGUGAAUUCUGUCUAAAAGCUGAAAUGCUGAGAUUGGAGUGUUUUAUUUUGAGCUUGUAUUUUGUACAGUACACUGUCAUGAUAUUUAAAAAAAUCACGGUACCAUUGAACAAAUAGUUUUUGGUACUUUACGUUGGAGCAUUAAAUAUUACAGUAAAUGAUAAAUGUGAUCUUACAGGUAUUUACUGUAUUAUAUCUUAAUUUGCCCUAAAAUGAUGUAUUUUUAAAGUCAAUAUUAUGUUCUGAUACAUUUUGAAUAACUGCUAGAACGCCUACAUAUUCUGGUUCUCAAAAAAAUUUAUAUUUCUAAUAUAAUACUAAAAUCAAGACUAGUGCAACAAUGUAUUUAACU